AUGGACAAAGCAAAAUUGUCCAUUGACACAACUCCUAAACAACUUGUGGGAUUAGUCUUCCCAGGAGGCACCAUGCCAACUCUAACCUUCUUAGAUAAGGAAUUGCCGCCUGAAGGCUUAGCACACAACAAACCUCUGCACAUAUCAGUGGAGGGCAGAGAAAAAUGGGUACCAGUGGUAUUGGUCGACACGGGGUCAGCAAUCAACGUCUGUCCAUCUCGUACAACUUAUGCCAUCAAUUUGAAACAAGCAGAUUUCAUGCCUACAGCCCAAGUGAUCUGGGCAUAUUAUAACACCAGUAGGGAGGAGUGGCUAUUGUGUUCGGGGAAUUCGUCCAUACAUCCUCCACCAGAGGUAACUACACCAGUACUGGAGAUCGUUCAUGGUGAGGAGGAUGUAUUCCUUUCAGGGUUUACUCUGACCGAGGCCCGGGUGGUGCAGAACAUCUUAGCAGCUAAUGAGAGCAUGCUUUGCAUUGCACCUACAUUUGCCUAUAAAGCAUUUGGCCUCUCCCCUGGUAAUACUCAACAAGCAUUACAACCUUUGUUUUUGAAUCUACGAGCAAAGAUGAUUACUUGUUUGCAUGCCCAACUCUGCACUCAACAACAGACCUCUGCAUUGCUCCAAUUUAAGCAACAAUUUUCCUUCAAUAAUGAUGCUUCCUACGGUUACUGUGAUUCUGUCGGAAUCCUUUCUUACCCGAAGAUGGAGUCGUGGAAGGAGGGUUCUGAUUGUUGCUCAUGGGAUGGGGUCGAGUGUGACAACAACACAAAUCAAGUAAUUGGCCUCGACCUCAGUUGCAGCUGGCUCAACGGCACCAUCCAACCCAAUAGCACCAUCUUCUACUACUUUCCUCACCUCCAAAGCCUCAACCUUGCUUUCAAUUACUUUGAGUUUAUAAACUCGAGCAGUCCUCUCCAGUACUUGGACCUUUCACACAUUAAUUUCUCUGGAGAACUACCUGACUCAAUUGGGAAUUUGAAGUCCUUGAAAACGUUGGUUGCCGUUGAUUGUAAAUUUUAUGGAUCCAUCCCUACGUCGCUCGGAAACCUUACGGAAAUGACUCAUUUAGGCAUCGGAUAUAACAAUUUCACUGGCAUGCUCCCAUCUUCACUUUCAAACCUUGGAAAUCUCGUCUACUUGGGAGUUCACUGUAAUAAUUUUGAAGGUAAAAUCGCAGAUUUUUUACCUAAUGUAAAAAGUCUUCUUUAUUUACAUGUUGAUUCAAAUAGCUUCAGCGGUCCAUUUCCAUCAUUGGGUGCAAACCUAACAAAACUUUUUCAGUUAGGUUUGUCGAAUAAUCAGCUAAGAGGACCUCUUCCAUCACAAAUAAUUGAACUUCCAAAUCUAGUGUGGUUAAAUUUGCGUGAUAACUUAAUCAGCGGUACAAUUCCAUCUUGGGUCUUCAGCUUACCAACAUUGGGGUACUUCAACCUCAGUAAUAACAAAUUGACUGGCCAUGUAAAAGAGUUCAAAUCCAGUCAUUUAAUUGUUGUUGAUUUGAGCAAUAACAACCUACAUGGUAGGUUUCCAAUUUCAACCUUCAAACUCGCGAACCUUGAUAGUCUCAUUCUUUCAUCAAAUAACUUCAGUGGUGAGCUAGACAUGCUCUGUCAUGCAAUUUCCCUUCAAAUUCUUGUCCUAUCUAGUAAUAGCUUUAAUGGUUCUAUUCCACAAUGUUUAGGAAAUUUCAGCAAAUAUUUCUUUGUACUCGAUCUGCGGAAGAACAAUUUUUCUGGCACCAUUCCUGAUACAUUUGCGAAGGAAAAUUCCUUUGAAACUAUCAACCUUGAUAGCAAUGGAUUUGAGGGGCCAGUACCAAAAUCUUUAGAGAAUUGCAAAUGGCUACUAGUGCUAGACCUUGGACAUAACAUGUUCUCCGAUAAAUUUCCAUAUUGGUUGGAAAAUUUAACUUCGCUACAAGUUCUAAUUUUGAGAUCUAACAAAUUCCAUGGACCUAUACCGAAUUCCAAGUUCAAUUUUCCCUUCCCCAACUUGCGAGUUAUGGAUUUAUCAAACAAUUAUUUUACUGGUCCAUUGCCAAGAAAAUAUUUCAAGAAUCUCAAUGCUAUGAUGAAUGUUGACGAAGCUAGUUUUGAAUUGCAAUACAUAGGGAUGUCUGGUUAUUCACUAUAUUACUAUAAUGAUUGUUUGACUAUAGUAAUCAAAGGAUCAACAACAGAAAUGGUAAAAGUCCUAACCAUUUUCAUUGCAAUUGAUUUUUCGAAAAACAAUUUCGAAGGUCAGAUUCCACAGAUCAUUGGAAAAUUAAAUUCAAUUCAAGGGCUCAACUUGUCUCACAAUAGCCUUACAGGUCAUAUACCAGCAUCUCUUGCUAAUUUGACAAUGCUCGAAUGGUUAGACCUCUCUUCCAACAAACUCACUGGGAAGAUCCCUCAACAACUGAGGAAUUUGAAAUUCCUUGAAGUCUUAAACCUUUCGCGGAAUCAACUAGUAGGACCAAUACCACAAGGCAACCAAUUUGAUACAUUUUUAAAUGGUUCCUACAUUGACAACUUGGCAUUAUGUGGACCUCCAUUGUUAAAUGUAUGCAAUCCAAGGACACCACAGCCACCACCCUUGAUGUUUCAACAAGAAGACAAUACUUCAAGUGGAUUCACUUGGGAAGUCAUAUUACCGGGUUAUAUAUGUGGGAUGGUGUGGGGACUUGUUAUGGGAUAUUUUAUAUUCUCUAGAGGAAAACCUAAAUGGCUUGUGAGGAUUAUUGAAGGAGAACGAAACAAAAGCGGAAAGAGAUUUAAAAAACAUUCUCACAGGAACAGAGCAAGGUGAAAUUAGCCAAUACAAGUGGUGUCCUUUGUUGCAAUGCAUUUCAAUUUGAUCUAGGCGGCGCAGCUUUUGGAGUCAUGGCGAAUUGUGGUCAAGCUGAUGUAUUACAUAAUGUUGGGAAGUUGAAGAUACAGCAUCAAAGGUUAGAAUGUAUUUGUACAUAUAUAUAUAUAUAUAUAUUAGUAGGUGUGUCUAUUGAUGAGUGUGCUGUUAAAUCUGUAAAAUAUAAAUUUUAAUUUUGAUUUAAAAAUAAAUAUGUUAUGUGUUGCUCAAGUAGUAAAGAUGUUUCUCAUAUUGAAGAUUUUGGGUUCGA